AUGUCUAGGCUCGGAGGGACUCAGGUUCUGACCACAGCACAGGUGAAGAGGACGACCGCUGAUCACGCAGCGGUGUUAAACUUCGGUGCUGCAAAGCGCAGCAAGUUGUCCGCCGUUGCGGUCACGGAGAUCAACGAGAUUGAAAACAUGACGGAUACGGCCGCAGCUACGACUGAUACUCAGAAGAGAGCCAAUUUCUCGGCUUUGACUGUCGGUAAUCCAAACGGCGUCAACAAGAUUUCACCUAGUUUGGCAAGCGCGAAACCUGGUUCAGCUAGAAAGCUCGUCAUCAAAAACUUCAAAAAUAAACCCAAAUUGCCAGAACAUUAUCAAGAACAAACAUGGGAAAAGUUGCAAGAAGCUGUAAUUGCAAUACAGACCAGCAAAAGCAUUCGUUACUCAUUGGAAGAACUGUAUCAAGCAGUUGAAAAUAUGUGUAAUCAUAAAAUGGCAGCUACAUUAUAUACAAAGCUCACAAGGUUAACAGAAGCUCAUGUCCAGGCAAACAUAGAACAGUUUUUAGCAGAAUCAAUGGAUAGGCAUAUAUUCUUAAAAAAAAUGAAUGAAUGUUGGCAGUCCCAUUGCCGGCAAAUGAUUAUGAUUAGAAGUAUUUUUCUAUAUUUGGAUAGAACAUAUGUAUUACAGAAUCCAAGUAUUUUAUCUAUUUGGGACAUGGGAUUACAUUUGUUUAGAGUGUAUAUUGUUCUAAAUAACUUAGUUCAAACACGGACAGUAGAAGGUUUGCUUAUGCUCAUAGAAAAAGAGCGUCAAGGUGAUACGGUGGACAGGACACUCCUUAAGUCGUUGUUAAGAAUGUUAUCAGAUCUACAAAUCUACCAAGAUGCCUUUGAAACUAAAUUUCUGGUGGCUACUGAAAGACUAUAUGCUGCUGAAGGACAACGAUUGAUGAAUGAACAUGAUGUGCCUGAGUACUUAGCACAUGUAGACAAACGUCUUCAAGAGGAAAAUGAACGUUUGUUACAUUAUUUGGAUGCAUCUACAAAAUGGUCAUUAAUACAUACAGUGGAGAAGCAAUUGUUAUCCGAACACAUCACCAGCAUUUUACAAAAAGGUUUAAGUGGACUGUUGGAUGAAAAUAGAAUUAAUGAUUUAUCUUUACUUUAUAAUUUAUAUAGUCGAGUGAAAAACGGCCUUGUAGAACUUUGUCUAAAUUUUAAUUCUUACAUUAAGAAAAAGGGUAAAACUAUAGUCAUCGAUCCAGAGAAAGAUAAAACUAUGGUUCAAGAACUUUUAGAUUUCAAAGAUAAAAUGGACAAUAUAGUUAACACCUGUUUUCAUAAAAACGAAAAAUUUGCAAACAGUUUAAAGGAAGCUUUCGAAGCCUUUAUUAACCAACGCGCGAACAAGCCUGCUGAAUUAAUAGCAAAAUUCGUUGAUUGUAAAUUAAGAGCGGGUAAUAAAGAAGCGACGGAAGAAGAAUUAGAGAGAUUAUUAGAUAAAAUUAUGGUACUGUUCAGAUUUAUACACGGCAAAGACGUGUUCGAAGCAUUUUACAAAAAAGAUUUGGCUAAACGUUUGUUAGUUGGUAAAUCAGCUUCUGUUGAUGCUGAGAAGUCCAUGCUAUCCAAAUUGAAACAAGAGUGUGGCGGCGGUUUUACCAGUAAAUUGGAAGGAAUGUUCAAGGACAUGGAACUCAGUAAAGAUAUUAAUAUUGCUUUUAAGCAAUAUGCAGGAAACCUGCAAAGCGAAUUAUCUGCCAGUAAUUUGGAUUUAACUGUUUCAAUACUUACAAUGGGAUACUGGCCAACGUAUCCUGUGAUGGAAGUGACAUUACCGCCAGAAAUGGUGCAAUAUCAAGACGUAUUUAAUAAAUUUUAUUUGGGCAAGCAUAGUGGUAGAAAAUUGCAGUGGCAACCUACUCUAGGACAUUGUGUACUGAAAGCUUGGUUUAAUCAGGGUAAUAAGGAACUCCAGGUUUCGUUGUUUCAAGCAUUGGUCUUAAUUUUAUUUAAUGAUGCCGAUAAUUUAUCUCUGGAGGAUAUAAAAGCAGCAACAAAUAUAGAAGACGGUGAACUUAGAAGAACUUUACAAUCUUUAGCAUGUGGUAAAGCCAGAGUGUUGCAAAAGAAUCCGAGAGGAAGAGACGUCGCAGAUAAUGAUAGAUUCGUGUUUAAUGCAGAUUUCACAAAUAAAUUAUUCAGAAUUAAGAUAAAUCAAAUUCAAAUGAAAGAAACGAAUGAGGAACAGAAGGCUACAGAAGAAAGGGUUUAUCAGGAUAGACAGUAUCAAAUAGAUGCAGCUAUUGUCAGAAUUAUGAAAAUGAGGAAAACGCUCACGCACAAUUUAUUAAUUAGUGAACUAUACAAUCAACUAAAGUUUCCUGUAAAGCCUGCAGACUUGAAAAAGCGAAUUGAAUCUCUCAUAGAUAGGGACUACAUGGAACGAGAUAAAGAUAAUGCAAACGAGUACAAUUACGUUGCAUAACCUGAACCAAAUGCCAAAGUCAUUACAGACUGGGUGGUCACUAUGUUUCGUAGCAAGAAAACCAAUUCGUUUUGGUGUUUGCCUAUUGUGAAUGUGACAUGUUAAACAAGAAAAACAUAAAACUGAUUGAAUAUCGACACGAUGUUGAGUCAUGUGGUUAGUUGGAAAAGAAAAAAAUUUAGUGUGGACUUCAUUGUUUUGGUUCUUAUAAUGCAUAACGAAAACUGGACAAUUAAGAUUCUCUUUUAAACAGUGCUUUACCGUUGGUAUUCUUGUGUUGUUUCUGGAUUUCACUAAAAUGGACCAUGUGCAAAAUGUUUUAAAUGGUACAGCAUUUGAAGUAUACAUAUGUAUAUCAGCAAUUUUUUAUGCAAAACAAUUUUUCACAGCAUAAAGAUUUAAGACGAUAAUAUAGAGUCGAAAUAUUCUAAGAAUUAAAAAGCAAAUGCGACGGCCGAAAGUGAACAAGAAUGUUAUUUAUAACGAGUAUAGGAUACAGUGUACCGUGGACGUUGAACGUACUUGUCAUUAAAAUAAUUUUAAACAAGUGGAAAAUGCAUUAUAGAAAUAAAGGUUCGUGUAUUGAAUAAUAUCCGCUACAUAGAAAAAAAUUCUCCAUUGCAGAAUUUUUAAAAUGUUGUUGGAAAGAAAGAUGUAAGGUACCGCAAUAUGUGCAUACUAAAAUAGAUGAACGCCACACUGAUCGAAGAAAAUUUAUUAAGGACGUACUAUUAUGUAUUUCUAUAACAAAUUUUUGUACAUUGCCUUAUAAUACAGAGUUUAUAAAUAACGAAGCGGAAACUGAUUUGUACAAAUGAAUAUCGACUGUUGUUGAAGCAAUAGUAAAGCAAUGUAUAAAUUAAUUGACCCGAUAAUAGUAUGAAACAUUUUUUUAUUUUAUCGAUGUUUUAUUUAUGAUCCGCACGUUAAUCAAUGGAGAUUUUCACGAUUGUAUGUAUCACCAAAACGAUUGUUUAUGUUUUAGAGAUAUUAAAAUGUAAAGAGUGUUUUGUAUUAAUAUGAAGCGGAAAAUACUCUGCCAUUAGCUUUA